GCUGGGCUCCUGAUUGGCUGGAUUGUGUGCCGCCAUGCUUCUACCUCUGUCUCUCGGGCUUGCCCUGUCUCUCGGGAUACAGUGGGUUCUGUGGGCCGUGGCUGUGUUGCUCCAGACGGAGAAAUUCUAUGACCUGGCGGGUAGUGGAACAUUUGUGCUUCUUGCGCAUGUAAGUCUCCGAUGGGUAGGAAGAAGAUAUAUGCGACAGCAGAUUCAAACCGGAUUGAUCACAUUAUGGGGCAUACGGCUUGGUUCCUUCUUGUUCCUUCGGAUCCUCAGAGAUGGUCAUGACAGACGAUUUAAUGGUGUGAGAGACAGUCCAGGAACCUUCCUUAUUUACUGGACUGUGCAAGGUGUUUGGAUCUUCAUAACCCUCCUCCCAUCGUUGAUUUUAAACCUAGAGACACGGAACAAGCCAUUGGGUGUGCUUGACUAUUUUGGCUGGGCUCUGUGGACCAUUGGUUUUCUUACCCAAACUAUUGCAGAUCAGCAAAAAUGGAAUUUUAAAAGUGACCCAGACAAUACUGGGAAGUUUAUUCAGAGUGGUCUUUGGGCAUACAGUCGCCAUCCAAACUACCUCGGAGAGAUCUUGCAGUGGAGCGGACUGUUCCUUAGCGCUGCAUCUGUGCUUAGCGGCUUCCAGUACAUUAGCAUCAUAUCACCACUUUUUGUCUGGUUUCUGCUUAGUUAUGUCAGUGGAAUUCCUAUUCUAGAGAAACAGGCCAUGAAGCGAUGGGGAAGUGAUCCUGGUUUCCAGAGCUAUAUUAAGCAAACACCCGUCCUCUGGCCAUUCGCUUUUUAGAGGUUUAUAUCCACAUAAGGAUACCUGUGCAACUAUCAAGUGCUAUGAUUAUGCUAUCAUUGUGUUUGUGUGUAUAUAUAAACACACAGAUUGAAAAUAUAUAUAUGUAAGUGAUAUUCAUCCAAUCAGACAAUUUUAUAACAAUUUAUUGAAUAAACCUUAUAACCAUCAGCAAAA